AUGGUAGGAGACUAUGUCAGCUUUCUGCCAUAUGUGACCUAUGGAUCAUACCAAUAUACUUCGAGAUUUGAGAGAGAAAUUGACAAUCAAUUAUCACAAAUAGCAUUUACUCGCGUAUAUCUUUCGCUCUUGCUCAGGCCUGGUAUCAACCCGGCGCUAGCUAAAAAUUUGUUUGAAUCUGCUCGCUUCAACAUAAGUCGAAGUUCUUUUGGAGAAGAAGACUCAGAACAACAGAAAUGUGCAGCACGAUUACUUUGA